AUUUCAUAACGGUUUCUACUUCUGUUGGGAUGGGAAGCCAUAUUAGCUUUCUUUUGUUUUCUAGAUUUCAGAAGGGAAAAGCACUCCAAAGUAAAUGUUGGGAAAUUCCUCCAGUGCCACUGAAUUUUUUCUCUUAGGAUUCCCUGGCUCCCAAGAAGUACGUCAUAUCCUUUUUGUGACUUUCUUCUUUUUGUACGCAGUGACAGUGAUGGGAAACACAGUCAUCAUUAUCACUGUCUGUGUUAGUAAACAUCUGCAAUCCCCCAUGUAUUUCCUCCUUGGCCACCUCUCUGUUCUGGAGGUCCUGAUCACAUCCACCGCUGUCCCUUUUAUGCUCUGGGGGUUGCUGCUUCCAAACACUCAGAUCAUAUCUUUGGCUGCGUGUGCUGCACAACUAUAUUUAUACCUUUCUUUGGGUACCUUGGAGUCGGCAUUACUUGGAGUGAUGGCUACAGACCGUUAUGUGGCUAUGUGUAACCCUUUGAGGUACAACAUCAUUAUGAACAAACAGAGCACCUGCAUUUGUGUGGUAAUUGUGUCAUGGGUUUUUGGGUUUCUUUCUGAAAUCUGGCCGGUCUAUGCCAUUUUUCAGCUUACUUUCUGCAAAUCAAAUGUGUUAGAUCAUUUUUACUGUGAUCGAGGGCAAUUGCUUAAGGUAUCCUGUGAGGAUACUCUUUUCACAGAGUUUAUUCUUUUUCUAAUGGCCAUUUUCAUUAUCAUUGGUCCUUUGAUCCCUACGAUUGUCUCCUACACCUACAUCAUCUCCACCAUCCUCAAGAUCCCGUCAGCCUCUGGCCGGAGGAAAGCCUUCUCCACCUGUGCCUCCCACUUCACUUAUGUUGUGAUUGGCUUUGGCAGCUGCUUGUUUCUCUAUGUGAAACCCAAGCAAACACAGGCAGCUGAGUAUAACAGAGUAGUGUCACUGCUGGUUUUAGUGGUGACCCCUUUUCUGAACCCUUUUAUCUUCACCCUGCGGAAUGACAAAUUCAUACAGGCCUUUGGAGAUGUCUUGAAAUGCUGCUAUCAACUCCUCAAAAGUUAAGUCUGUCCUGAGUUAAAUCCAUCCUCAUGAUGGAUUUGAGGAAUCUGAUAGUACUAAUUGAAUCCAAAACAAUCAUUCUCAAAAUCAAACAGCUCGUGGUCUACAAUGGGUAUGUAAGCUAUGACACAGCUUCAAUUUAUAUUGAAUUGUUUUUCCAUGGAAGAUCACUUCAUUAUUUUUAAAUAGAUGUAUAAAUUUAUUGGCCCUCUGUAGUUGUAAUGCAUGUUGUAAAAUGAAUGUGAGAAGUGUAAACUUAAAUGUUUACACUUAAGUUUUAAAUGUUUUAAACACUUGGACCUGAUAAUGAGAAAAACAAAAGAAGCGUGAUAUAUUUUCUUACAUCUGACAUACGUGUUUGAUCUUAUGUACUGAGAUUAUCUUCCUCUAUAUUGCCAUGUGGUUUCAAGGUGUCUGCUCAUUAUAUAAACUCACUAGUACUUCUCUGAGUAAUCUUAGGGCCAGCACAAGCUUCAAACUUUCCUUGUUGAUUCCUGCUUGCAGUGUCCAAUAGCGAUAGUGCCUUUCUUUCGGUUUUCCAACUGGCAUUUGGGAGAGUGAACUCACUCCCUGACCCUAACUGCUCAGCAAUCUUAAGGCUGGAUGUGUGCUCAUACAGGUACAUCUCAAACUGGUGGACCUUCUCAGGUGUAGAUGGAAGAUCUUAGAGGCAUGUUAUCUAAUGUCAUUCAUGUCAUCAUGCCAGCCUCAAAUGAGGGAGGGAAAUGGGGCUGUGUUUUGGGAGGCGAUGUGAUAAGGGAUAGCCGGGCUUUCUGUGUCUUUGGGCUGAGGGUGGGGUGGAGAGAGGGCAGAGGGAGAGGUAGCCUACAGCCCCCUUUCCUGCAUCUCAUGCAUUCUUCAAUCCUGAAGUGACACAUUCAUCCUCAGGGCUCCCUUUGCUUUCCCACUUUCCUGCUCAGGUUCUUUCUUAAUUCUUUUUUCUGUCUCUCUUUGUGUGACUACCAAACUAUUUGUUUGUUUCUUUUCCCCCUUACUUUCUCACAAAACCCAAGUUUAUCAAGCUGCCUUCUAGCUCUACACUGAACUCCCUUAAUUCCUGUAUCUCAGUUCCUGUAUUGCCCCAUCCUCUCCCAAGUUCCUGUCAUAACCACUAGUUGCAAUUAAUAUUUCUGUAUUGCUUAACACACAUUUUUCUCUGCAUCAUUACACAAGUGAUUACACAAGUCUGGCGGCAACCCAAAUGGACAUCAAAAGAUGACUACUUAUAUAUUUUAUGGGACUUUCAUUCAGUUGCUAUUAUAUGAGGGUUGGAAACACGAGGAUGUUUUCUGUAUCAGUAAAAAUAAAGUGUAUCUCCAAGAUACACUGUUGGAUAAGAAAAGCAAAGAACAGAAAAUGUUUGUUACCUUUUUUUUUUUUUUUAUAAGAACAAGGUACAACUUAGUUUAUAUGCAUAUUUAUAUGUAGUUGCAUAAAGAAACAUCUGGGAGGGAAACUAGGAAAUGGGUUACCUUGGGGAUGUGUUUUUGGAAACGGCAUUUAUGGGAAUGGCCUGUUUAUGGUACAGCUGUGCAUGUUGCUUUCUCUUCUACGUCAGAGUAAUGUUGUACCAUCUCAAAAAUAAAAGACUUCAUUCUGUUUCUAAUUGCCAAGGAAAGUUUGCUUGUUUAUCCACAUAAUUGAUGGUAACAAAGGAGGUAUUUUGGCAGAAGAGUCUUUAUGAACUGUGAAUCUUUUGUAAAGUUUCUCUGGAGCUAAGUAGGGAAAAUGGAAGAAUAA